AUGAUUACUAAAUACAGUAUAAAAUUCAGAGGAAUUGUUCAUAUUAGUGGCGAAAAUAACUCUGUUUUUUCUGGUCUAAUGAAGUCAACAUCAGAGUUUAUUCUUAAUACUAUGUCUUCUUUAAAUGAAGAUCAUAAACCAAAUGUUCCUCAAAUAAUUAAAACUAUUCAAGACUCUCAAAUGGUAGAACGUCUUGAAAAAAUUACAGAAUUUUCUCAAGAAGAAAUUAAAUUAAUUCAAAUAGUUGAAGACCAAAAAGAGAGUUUAAAAAUUUUAGAGAAAAUUAAAAAAGAGAAACAAGUAAUUUUUAUGAUUUAUCAAAAUAUGAAUAAUUUAGAACAAUUAAGAGACUACUGUUCUCGUGUAGUUGACUUUGUAUCGGAUGUAUCUCAAAUAUUAAAAAAUGUAGAUUUAUGGAAUUGUAAAGGUGCGAUUAGUUAUAUCGAUAAAUUAAGGUUGUAUAUUAAAACAAUGGUUGAAUAUUUAAAGGCUAAUUCUGGAAGACAAAUCAUAUCUUCUGAACUCAAUAGUGUUCGUCCUACUGGAGAUGUAAUUGUUAAUGCAAUCUAUAAUUUUAUGACUUCAAGAAGUAGCACUUACAAAGAGGAAGAAGGAAAAGUCAAUAUGUGUGCCUUAAAUAUUAAAAUGGGAUAUGAAAAUCUUUAUGAGUUUGUGCUUGGUAAACAACCUAUUGAAAAAGUUAAGGAAUUUAAAGAAAGUCUUGACGAAGCAGAAACGUAUCUUAAAAAAGAAUUUGAUUUUGGAGUCGUUGUGAAUGUUGAAAAGAAAGACAUUGCUGAACAAGCGAUUAUUAGUCUUGAAAAUGCUAAGACACAAGAAGAUAAAGAUAAAGCAGCUAUCCAAUUACUUAAUGGAUUAAAUGAACGUGCGUUAUUGCAAAAAGAUGAACAAAAAAAGAAAAUUCUUGCCAAAGUCAUUAUCACAAAAGAUAAUAAAAAGAAGAAAAAUUACACUGAGUUAUUGCAAGCAGCAAGAAAGUUAUCUGAAAAUGUUGACUCUUUGAAAGAAAUCGUUUAUCAAACUGAUACUGCUUCUUGUAUUGAUACUCUCUCUUUUUCACAAGUCAGAGAUCAAAUGCUUGGCAUGUAA